GCAAACAUUGAAACAACUAACAUUACUAACAACACUGCGUCAAGAAAGAUUUUAUGAUCUAGAUUUAGAUCUAGAGUAUAGAUCUAGAUCUAGAAUUUCUGUCUGUCUUGAUUGGUUGUGUUAUGAUUUUGAAUCUAUUGGAGGCUUGAAUGAACCAUGGAUUUUACCGAACUAAAAGCCCGCAGACUUGAAGAUGAGGAUCUAUCGCGCAAGGGGUCCAUAGAUAAACCAAUCGUAGAGCUGGUUAAUGUUAUAAAUUCCAUGUCCCGUUACUGCACAACCAGUUCUUGUUCAGGAAGAGUGAUUCUCUUCGAAAAUAAUUCUGAGGGAGUUCAGAAGAAAGGCUGCAAGUGGCUGCAUGUAUCUCAUGAACUAGUUAAAGCCCAAAACAUUCUGAAGGCUCUGGAGGAUAUUACCCAAGAGGCUGUGUUCAAGUUUGAGCCGAUGGUCAUGCACAUUCAGUGUGAUUCACUUUCAGCUGCACAGCAGAUGCACCAAGUGGCAGUGGCAGCUGGCUUUAGGAAUUCGGGCAUCACAGUGGGUAACAAAGGAAAGACAAUGGUGGCUGUAAGAAGCACUCAUGGACUGGAAGCACCACUAUCUGACCAAGGAAAACUGCUGGUCUCGCAUGACUAUGUGGAGUAUCUGACAGAAUGUGCCAACAAGAAGAUGGAAAUGAACCUUUCUCGGAUUGUGAGGUUUAUGGAAAAUGUGAAAGAGCUGUCAGAGCGGCCAGAUGUCCCUAUAGGUGCGAAACACAGAAAGAAAAAGGAGAAACCUCCCAGAGUGGACAAGUCUGAGGCCGGGAAAAAGUCUCCUGCUAUUUUGUGUGAACCAGAUAGUGAUGUGAUGUCAAUAUUUGGUGACUCCUGACGUCAGUGGCUUGGUUUUUAUAUGUGUGUGUGUACAAGGUGCAGAGAGGAGUAGAGGUGUUCAUAUGUCCAAAGAUGUGUGUGAUUGAAAUAAUAAUAUUUGUGAUUGAGAAGUAUUGAUAUUGCCAAGUGCAAACUUUUUUUUUGACCCUCUGACUCUCGUCAUUGCAACUUUUGCUAUAUUUUUUUGUGUGCCACUUCUGACUCCUGUCAUCAUACUUGUGAUAUAAUAUUGAAUUUCAGAACGGUUUGUCCUGCAUUAGCACCGCAACUGCUGUUACCAUCUGUUCAACAACUGAAACUUCCUUUUUCUCGUAAUUCAAACUGGAACUCUGUAGUGUAAAAAUUUUUGUCUGUUCCCUUUUCGGUUAAUUAAAACUGGAACUCUUUUGUGUAAACUCUUCUACCUGUUCCCUUUAAUUCAAACUGGAACUCUUUAGUGUAACAAGAUCCAUUUUAACCUGCUAACCUGAGCACUGAACACCAUUCCUGUGACAUUGUUAGGUUGAUGAAGACAGAGAACUUUUUUCUCUUUUAGAGAUCCUUUAAUGUCUGGAUGUUUGUCUGGAGUGAAUUCUUUUCCAUGUUAUGUUCAUUGAUAAAUGAAACAAUCUGUAACAUAAUAGGGGAAAGGUAUGGUCAAAUUAAAACACUAAUUAAGAACAUUAGUUUCUGUUUCUUUUUAAACAAACCUUGAUAUGUAUGUGCUGAAACUCCCAAUUUUUAUUAAAAUCUUUGGACAAGUAUAGACAGUGUGACUUUCAAAUGAUACCCAGGAGUUCGUUCAGCCCAAAUUACUGGUACUCAGUGAGUUAAUGAUGGACAGUUUGGAAUCAAUAGACUAAGUGUGAACAUCAAGUAGCAAGGACACUACGUAAGUGAGCACCAUGUGCUAGUUUUUCUUGUCCUUUGUCCUCAUGAUGAGUAUUUUCAGCGUCUAUAGUGUAGCAGUUAGACACUUUGCUGUGACACACGGGAGAGCGUAGUUCGACUCCUGAGUGGGGAGAAAUAUUUAUUAAGUAUCUCUGUCUUUCUGCUAGGAUGUUGUAUUCUUCUCAGCCUGUGUUGGGCCUGACAACUAAAUAAUCCAGAUUGUGUUGAUAGGGGUGUAAAAACACCUACAUUAAAAAAAAAUAAAAAAUAUUGUGAAUGAU